GGAUUUCACUUAUUCUGCGGGUGGUUGUUAUUUUAGAUCGAUUCCCUACUAGUGUUUGGGACUCACCCGGUGUAAUUUGUCAUUUGACAUUAGCAGGUCCCAUCCCUGGUGUUCACCCAGCAUCCAUGAUGUGCACGUUGGGUGAGGUAGCAGUAUUGCUUUUAAUCGGCAUUAGCAGCUGCGCGGUGGGCCUGAGCUGCUUACUACACAACAUAUGCUUGCCCCUCACCUCCCUGCACUCUGACCUUUGGGCAACCACUUGGCUGGCUUAACAAGCAAAUGUAGGGCAGGGCCAAAAGCUUUUCAAACACACCAACCGGUUGUUUUUGGCGCGUAGUUGUUAGUUUUACUGAGACGCCGCAUCUGCGCUAUGAGGCUGAGGUCCAGGAGUAGCGAAAGGAGGUGGCUCGACGAAGAUGAGGUGAAAUUCGAGGAGAGUGACAUGAUUCCAAAGUCAGGAAAAUCUCCGGCGGACACGCGGAAAAGUGUGGGCAUCCAUGAGUUUGCGGCGCUAGCUAGAUCGUCCCUGAAUGGGAUCUCUCAGGCAGUGAAGGACCAUGUGACCAAGCCCACCUCGCUGGCCCAGGGUCGGGUUGCCCACCUCAUUGAGUGGAAAGGUUGGCCCAAACCCGUCGACCCCCCCCAGGCGGCCCACUUCAGCUCCUACUGCCACCUGAGCGAAGUCGAGAAGGAGGCUCGCUUCGCCGCAGGCGUGGCCGAGCAGUUUGCCAUCGCCGAGGCCAAGCUGCGAGCGUGGGCGUCGGUGGACGAGGACGACGCGGACGAAGAAGAGGAAGACUCCAACGACGAGGACCCCAAAGCGGGCUCUCCCGCCGACUUCCCACCUCACAGCACAGCAGACUCCACCACAUCCGAUCCUCCCUGCGCAGCGCCGGUCCGGUCCGAAGGGAUUUCUGAGGGGUGCGGCGGCGGCGAAGUGUGCGUCCACCACAAACCCGAGUGGAGGUCCGGUCGUUUCGAUUCUUGCUACUCUACCUCGCACUCUGAAUCUCCCGGAGAGGAGGAAGAGGAGGAUGAGGAUGAGGUGUUCCACGAAGCUCGGGCGUGGAGCUCCGGCCUCUUCCCGUUGGACCGGGCCUCCUCCGGGGUGGCGUCCCUGGACGAGGAUGACCAAGACAACCAGGACCAAGGAGGAGACAAGAUGGAAGAGAAAGAGUAUUUGAUGUGAUGUGUCGUCCAUGUCGUUGAUGGUGGAUAUGACGUCAUCUGUUCCGCUUUGGCUUGUGUCCCUUCUCCUUGUUCUUCUCUCAAAGUCUUUUUUCAGGCCGAGAGGCGCCAACUGAUGAAUUGCGAGCGGAACGUCAAUGCUGUCAGUUUUGUACAGUUUUUGGUGUCAAGUGUUGCUCUGGCGUUGUUUUUUCUAUGGAAUAUUUUGUAGUGUUGUAUUUUAUGGAGGUUCAUGCUGUGUCACGUGGAUGUUGACUUGAUACUUGAAUGUCCUUGCACACGUCAAAAUAUAAGGUGACUUUUUCUGGAGGGAACGCGCGAGUCUUGUCGUUUUGUUUUUGUUUUUUUUUUUUUCCUAGGCAGCUUCCAACCAACCUGGCAAACGUGGUUCUCAAUUUAAGGAAGGGGUCCUCGUUUUCUUGUCGAUUAGACAAAUUAGUGUUAAGUGGCUAAUUGUUCAAAUGAACAUAAAGGGCCAAGUUACUGUUCAAUUCUGGGCAGGGGUCCUUGUCACUUUUUUGGGGGUUGGGUCAAGUCAGUUGGUGAAACUAGUGUUAAGUGGCUAAAUCGCAAAAUGCACGUCAGUGGUCUGCCAUUGAGGGUUUUUGGUGUGCAUCCUCUUGUGAUAGACAUAACCUCCUAAUUAAGAAAAUAAAUCUCCAGAGGAACGAUAGUAAACAACGACCCCAACCUGGUUAUGAAACAAUGACAAAAAAAAAAAAGAGCCAAGACAACUUAAUUUUUUUUCCCAAGGUGCUUUUUGUUGAAACCAAAGUCAGUGGCUCAUGUACAAAAAACAUAAUUCAUGUUCUCCAAAAAAUAACAAUGGCUGUUUGACUCCGAACGUGUCCUGGCCUCCGUCGACAUUUGCAUGUAUGUUGUAUGUACAAAAGCAUAUAAAGGGAUAUCGUGUACGA